UAUUAGCCGGUACCGAAGUAAAGCAUCACUCAACUACUAUCAUCCGACGUGACUACUGCUAGUACCUGAUAAUAAAAAUGGCGCCAAAGGGAAAGAGUGAUGAUGGAGCUGCUGCCCCUAAGAAGGUUAACGGACUUACCAAGCCCAUGGCCCUCUCUGCAGAGCUUGCAACUAUUGUUGGAGCCAAGAAGGACGAGAAGCUCGCCAGAUCCGAGAUCAUCAAGCGUCUCUGGGCCUAUCUUAAGGAGAAGAAGCUUCAGGAUCCCGAAAACAAGCAGUUCUUCACCCCUGACAAAACCAUGGAGCCCGUGUUCGGCAAGGAAAGGAUAAAGGCCUUCGGCAUGAGCAAGUACCUGAAGAACCACCUCAGCUAAACACCCGGCCUCUCAGACUGACCCCCCAACAGAUGUAUUUAUUAAACUACCUAAUCCACAUUUCGACAUAAUACAUGCGUUUAAAAGUGACAAUUGUUGUAGCGCAAUGCAUUAUUAAAAAAUAAACUAUUAGACAUAUA